GAGGCCAGGGGGCCGGGAUACCAACAGCUCUCGCGUGAUACGGACAAAGGGCCCGGGAUUCCAACAGGGUUGCCCCGCCCCGCGAGACCAACCGCCAGAGCGCAGCGUUCCAACCGUCGCGUUUGUAACGGAACGGUUUGAAUAACGUUCACUCACUUCCAUUGUGGUUUCCCCAUUGACAGAUAUAUUGUAAAACAAGACAUUUGACUUCUCAAUGGCGGAUUUAUUUAAGAAAGUCAUCAAUCAAGAGCAGAUUCUAAAAGAUAGAGACCAUCAACUUUUCAACUUUAUAAAGCAAUCGUUUACUACAAAAGCACAAGAUGGUAAGAGCUCUAUUGAUUUGGAGGAUGCAGUGUCAUCUGCAGAAACUGCAAUGAAGAAGAAAUAUGAAAGACGGCAGGACAUUUUACGCUGUGGCUUCUUUACACCAGUUGCAAAGCCCUACCGCAGUUUGGGAACUGUCAUUAUUGAUCAUCAAGAUCUGUUUACAUCAUAUAUUGAUUAUGAAGAGCAAAAACAAUUAAAGAAACUCAUGGAAAAAAAGGAGGAAGAGAAAUCAAUACAAAAGAUUUUUAAUGGAAAAGCAGAACCGGUGAAGAAAAGUCAAACUGCUUCAGCUGAACAGUCAAAGCUACAGAAUGGAUUUUACCACAUUCAGAAAUACUUGGAAGAGAAUAAAUGGAUAAAUGAAGUUAUGUACACCGGGAAACCCCUUUCUUUUUGCUUGAGGGAAUUGGAUGAAAAGUAUAUCCGUUCUAAAAAGUUUCUUGAAAGUGGAACCUUGCCAUUAAUUGACGACAGACCUAAAUCAGCACGUCGUUUUUCACAAAGAAAAAUAUUAGAUGAGUCAGUUUCAUUUGUUCAAUUGAAAAAGACAGCUGUGAAAAGAAAUAAGGAAUGUGGCCCUUUACUACAAGUUAUCCCCAAGGAUUUGGAUGAUGAAGAUCAACUAAAACCUAGGAACAGUGAUCUGUUAGUACAAUUGUCAGCAGUUUCAGUGGUUGCUUGUGAAAAUGAAAAAACAUUUAUUUUCAUGGUAUCUUUCAAAGGUGGCACCAUCAUGCACAUGAGAACUUGUUACGUGACCUCUUGCAUCACCAAUGAGACCAGUGUGACAUGA